CUGAGAGAAUGGCCAGUAACGGACGACUCGAAUCUCGACGAAUCGACCUAUCGCUGCACGUAGACUGCGCUGAGCCAAUCGUUCUGCUCGCAGACUCAUGCGCCGAAAUGACGCGUUCAGUGCCACGCUGGCAGUCCAAUUGACGAUAGUUGCGUGUACCUCGGUAAAAAAACAAUCGUCCGUCUACGGUGCACCGCGGGUAUUGUGGCGCAACAUUUCUAUUUCUCGGUACAAUCGUUGCCCCGCGAUGCUUAAAAAGUGAACCCUCGAAAAAUGCUCGAGUGAACAGGUAGGAAUUCGAAAACCGGUUUCUCUCUCCCUCUCUCCCUCUCUCUAUCCUUGUUUUCGCGUAGUGCAUGAAGCACAGGGUGGGGCGAGGUGGCUAAACGUCCGUCUGUCCGUGACGAGUUCUUUUCGUGUGCAUUAGUCGACUGGCGUACCGUAUCGUGUCGAGGUGCAACGUCGGUGCAGUGGGCAGUGUUUUUUUUUAAUGGAAGCGUAGUGGUCGACGGUGUGCGCGUAGUGUCCACGCCUGUCACGGUGAUUAACCUGAUCGCUGAUUACCAAGCAUCGGGAUGUCGACGUCGGAUAUGAACCUGAUGGACUUGCUCUUCCCGCGUGAAGACUCGUUCCUGAAAGGCGACAUUAAGGACGAGCCUUUCAUAGACCAAAGCUACAACGACGACGCCAUCACGGCGGAGGAAUGGCCGACGAACCCCGACGACUUCCUCGACUCCAUUUUCAAGCUGGAGGAUCAUCAGUUCAACCUGAUCGAGAAUGAUUUGGAGACGAUACCGUCUUCCUCCUCGGACAGCGGGCUCUCGAGCGCUCUCAGCCUCUCCUGCGAGCAACAACUGAGCCCGUUGUUACCGAUCGAGGAGGAUCAGGUGGAGAUCAGCAACUCCGAAAUGAGCAGUCCGCAGAAUUUCAUGGAUUUCGAAUCCUUGGACAGUCCGAACCAAUCGGUGGGCAGCGUGGACAGUCCGGAAAGGUCGGUUGUCGGCUCCAACAUCGGUUCACCGGUUGGUACAGACAUCGCCGAAGAAAUGGAUGUGGAGCAGACACUCGUGGCGGUGGUGAACCCCAAUAACACCCUGGCAGAUGCCAACGCCACUAUUCUGGCAGACCAACCGGUUCUGAAUUUAGACAAAUUACCGAAGGUACGCGUCGCGUCUCAAGAGAACAACACGAUAAAUGUCCGUAACAUCACAUGCAACGGUAAACGCAAUAUCAGACAAUUGAUACGCGUCACGCCGAUGGGUUCUGGAAACCCGAGAUCAAUUCUACUGCCGGUGAGUCUCAAAGACAUGAAGGAGGUGCGGACCAUAAAAAUCAUCAACGCGUCGCAAGCGAGGAAUUUGAAAGGAUUCAAGAUCAACCAAGCAAAUAUCAUCAACAAACCCGUUCAAGUGACCAUCAAGCAAGAGGACUCGGGUAGCGAGAAGAGCCGCAAUUCGAGCGACGAGAUAUCAGAGACGGAUUCCCCGUACCCGAGGCUGAAGCUGAACGCGGAGGAGAAACGUCUGCUCCAGAAGGAGGGGAUAACGUUGCCGACCCAUUAUCCGCUGACGAAGCACGAGGAACGCGAGCUGAAGAGGAUCAGGCGCAAGAUCCGCAACAAGAUAUCCGCGCAGGACUCGCGGAAAAGGAAAAAGGAGUACGUGGACGGGCUGGAGGAUCGCGUGAAACAGUGCACGGAGGAGAACAUGACGCUGUUGAAGCGGAUCAAGGCGCUCCAGUCGCAGAAUCAGAGCCUGGCCGGGCAACUGAAGAGGCUGCAAACGUUGCUGCAAAAGGGCAACAAGAGCGCCCAACCGGCCACUUGUUUAAUGGUAUUGCUGCUCUCGUUGGCUCUCGUUGCUGUCCCGAACUUGCGGCCUCACUCCAACUCCAACAACGAACUCACGCAGGAACAGGAACAGCCAGAGAAAAUGCCACCGCUAGCAGGUCGCUCUCGAACAUUACUCUAUACGAAGCAGCUGAUGGACGAAGAGCUGCAGCAAUACAGCGAGGAAUUGCUGCAGGAAGUGGAGGGCCUCCUGGAUCACGAUUACAGCCCGGUGAUCCAGCCGCCCCUCUACAAACGUCCUCGCAUAGAGAUAGAAUCGACACCGAAAUGUGUCUCGUCUUCCAGCCAUGUCGGCGGGACGCUCUGUGGAAGACAGAACUACAUAUCGAAGUCCACCAGGCAGUACAUCGAGCCACCGUUGGACGACAUUUGGCCACCGCCUAAACCAGGCGGGCAGAAGAAGGUGGUCGACAAGCUCGAGGCGCUGACGAACGAGCUGAAAAUCAACAUUUCAGAUUCCGACGGCACCAGGACCGUGCUUCUCGAGGUGCCCCAGGAGCAAUAGAUCAACCCUUUCGAUGGUACAGGUGCUCGCAAUUGCUCUGACCGAUCGGUGCAGUCCGUGAUGUGAUCGAACAUACACGAUUACACCGUUUCCAUACACUGUGCGUGCCAAGAAAACCAAUCGUAGCACCGAAAGGGUUUAACAUGCACCAGUCACCGUGAGAUGGCGCUGUUGCACGAUCGUAUUAUCCUACCGACACGUCCUUCCGCAAAAAAGAAGGCACAGCGUGUUACAACCCCCACUCUUGUUGCAAUCCGCUGAUUGGCUGUCAUCGAUCUUCGUCACCGUUCUCGACCAAUUACCUGUGAGUCGGCGGACUGCAACAGGAGUGGGGAUGUGAACACUCUGUGCCUUCUUCUCGUGGAAGAAUGGUACGCACGUCGCGUUCCGCGACUACGAGCAACGGUAGUCGUUUCACGAUGUUUUCUACGAAGUUUCUUUGAGAAAGGAAUCACAGAUCACGAGAGAUGAAUCACCGAAAAUCCUUUAAAUAUAUUCCUCGUUUGUUAAGUAAUUGUAACAAUCUCUUCUAGAUGAGAAAUUGCAAAGGGUUUGAACGUUGAUGAAAGUAUGUCUCUUUGAACGAGAGACGUGUAGAUGAUGCAGUCUGUCUGGCACGUCGCAUAGGAUUUUUAAUACAUUUUUUUCUGCGUGCUUGAUAGAAUUGCGGAAAAAAUUUGUUUGGCUAAUAAUCUGCUUCGACAGUCGCUCGACUCUUUCGUUUCGAGGUUGGACAUUUUUUUUAAAAACCGCAGUUUUAAGGACAGCUUAGUUUUCAAUGAAUUUUUAGUACACACGAGUUUCUGUACUACGUCGCUCCUAUUAUUGCGUAUCUACAUUUAGGACAUCGAAGCUAUCUCAUAUUCAUACGUCAUUGAUCGUCUUUUGUGUA